UAACUUUUAACACCAGACUUAAUGUUAUUCUCAUAAAAAGAAUAUUAAUUUAUAUUUAAAAUUUUCCAGGCACUCUUAGCGUAUUAUUCCCACCAAGUUACACCCGGUUAAUAUUCCUUUAUAUCCAUCGGGGGGCGUUUAUGAAACUCCUUGGUUACGAUGGAGGAAUCGAACGGGAUCGAAGAAGUUGUGGAGGAAGUUGUUCGUGUGGGAGCAAAAUGUGAAGCACAAGAACAAACAGAAGAAAGUGAAAAUAAAAUGAAGAAGAAAAAGAAAAAGAAAACUAAAGAAGUUUCCCCAGAAGAAAAGGAUUCGUUCAACAUGAAAGUUGUUCAAUCAGCGCUUGCUGCAUUCGAACACGAAACUUCCUCAUUGAAGGAACCGGCGUCGAAACCAUGGAAGUUCUGGGACACUCAACCCGUGCCUAAACUAAACGAAGACAUUCAUGAGGUAGGUGUCAUAGAAGCCGAUAAAGAUAAUGUUCGUGAGGAACCUUAUACACUACCCCCCGAUUUUGAAUGGGAUACGGUCAACUUGGAGAACACUAAAGAGUUGGAGGAAGUUUACAAAUUAUUGAACGAGAAUUACGUUGAGGACGACGACAACAUGUUCCGCUUCGAUUAUUCCGCGGGCUUCCUAAAAUGGUCACUCCGGCCACCGAACUGGGUGAAAGACUGGCAUUGUGGGGUGAGGGUGAGGAAAAGUAAGAAACUUGUCGGAUUCAUCAGCGCGAUACCCGCCCUUGUUAAAGUUUACGACAAACGGCAACGAAUGGUUGAGAUAAACUUUCUCUGCGUUCAUAAGAAGCUUCGUACGAAGCGAGUCGCCCCCGUGCUUAUACGAGAGAUCACGCGACGUGUAAACCAACGCGGGGUGUUUCAAGCUGUUUAUACCGCUGGUAUCGUCUUGCCCAGACCCGUCGCUAAGUGCAGAUACUACCAUCGCUCGCUCAACCCAAAGAAACUCGUUGAAGUGAAGUUUUCUCAUCUUGGUCGAAACCAAACGAUGCAACGACUUGUUAAGCUUAUGCGACUUCCGGAUGAGCCACAAAUCCAAGGUAUCCGGCCAUUAAAGAAGGCGGACGUUCCACAAUGCCAUCAACUGUUGUCCAACUAUCUUUCAAAGUUUGACCUUUCACCAGUGUUCACUGAGGAUGAGUUCGCUCACUUCUUCCUUCCAAGGAAAGAUAUUGUUGAGUCCUAUGUUGUGGUUGACGCGCAAGGUACAGUGACGGACAUGGCUAGCUUCUUCAUUUUAUCAUCAUCAGUAAUGCAUCAUCCCGACCACAAUAUGUUGUAUGCUGCAUAUUCAUUCUAUAAUGUGGCAAACAAACACACAGAGAAAGAAUUGAUGAAGGAUAUGCUCAUAUUUGCUAAGAAGCUUGGGUUUGAUGUUUUUAACGCGUUGGAUUUGAUGGACAAUCAUGUUUUCUUGAAAGACUUGAAGUUUGGUAUGGGAGAUGGAAACUUGCAUUAUUACUUGUAUAAUUAUAAAUGUCCGGACAUUCCUGAGCAUAAGGUCGGAUUAGUUUUGCAGUGAAGUUACUUCCGGGAUGAAAGUGUUUAAAGCAGUUUGUACGAAUAUUUUACGCUUGUUGUCGAUUCGUUGUAACAGAAUGAACCACAUUUCAAAUGUUUGUGUUUCGUCGCUCAUUAACUAUGAAUAAUCAAAUCGGAUUUUAAA